CUCCUUUUUUUUUUUUUGAGUGACGUCAUAUUUGUGCGACGCGUCGACUCAGGCAUCGUAGUGAACGCUUAACAUUUUGUUUAUAGCGUUAUUUGGGACAACGGAAAGACAUGUCAUGUUUUACUGGUGAUCCCAACUUCUGUCCAGAGUGUGGCAAUGUUCUUCCUUUACCAGGGAUGGAAGACGCCAUCUGCUGUCCCCGCUGCUCCUUUUCCAUCUCUGUGUCAGAGUUGUCAGGUCGAGAAAUUCGCUCGACAGUCGUAUUCAAUCCGGUGGACAAGUCUUCCAUGGUCCAGGAGAGUAGUAACGACACUGAAGUAAAGGGUCCUGUGAUCGACAGACGCUGCAGUAGGUGCAAUAAAGAAGGCAUGAUUUAUCACACGAGGCAGAUGAGAUCUGCAGAUGAAGGCCAGACUGUCUUCUUCACAUGUAUGCACUGCAGGUACCAAGAGAAGGAAGACUCGUGAGAGAAUUUUGCAACUUUUGUCAAUGUUUUGCUGAUUCACCAAAAAUGUCAUAUUUGUCAUCGUAAAAUGCUUAUAGACGUUUUAAGGCAACCGUAAUAAAAGAGGAUUCAAGUCUGA